GAAAAGUUUACCAGCUUUUCUGGCAGCACGGAACAGAAGCUCUUCUAUGAGGUGCUGAGCAGGGUCUCCAUCAGGGAAUCUCUCCAUAAAAUUUUGCACAUGGGAAACGACUUCUUGAUUGCUAAAAUAUUGAUGAAAGCACCAAAAAUUGGUCUCUUGGGUACAGUUUGUGGUGGCGUAGGGAUGGUGAACACGAUAUGUAGGGGGCAGUACCAAUAUAAUCAAGCACACCUCUUCUAUGCUUGUGCUAUGAUCAGUGGACAGUUGCAGUGCAGUCAAAUUCACGCAAUGAUGCGAAUGAGCUUCAUUCACUGCUCUUCUCUCCCUCUGACUGACACCGGCAGACUCCUCAUCUAUGCUGUCCCCAGUGAACCCACCAUCCUCAGGAACUUUUUUGCACUGGGCUACAAUGGCACGACUAUCCCCAACAUUCAUCACAUAAACAUCUUCAUCCCUCAUCAAUACAACCAACAAGCAAGAACCCAUCAAUGCAAGCUCUGGAUAACGAUCAAGAACCCUAUCUGUCAUAUCCAAGUAAGCUUGCUCAGUUACUUCAAGCGCUCUCGACAUUGCACUCAAUACCAACUCAUGAUCAACUACACCUAUCUUCCUCUUCCGGCCAGUCUUACCAAUCUUCUCCCUCUCAUCAUCUACUACAUUAUUAUUCUCCCUCAUUUCUUCUGUUGUUUUGUGUUUCCCCUCCAACCAAAAUUUCCAAGGAAACAACCUUCUACCUUCUUUGUCCUUGUGCCUACUCAGCAACCCAUCUUCGACAACAGUAAUGACCUCCUUUUCACAGCUGAACCUGCAUCAUUUACACUUAAUGCGUCAUCUACUGAGAAUGCAAAUCUUUCUGAACCAGAUAGAUCGAGCCCUUCCCCUGGAUCAUCAUCAUCCACCAAGUAUUCCCAUAACCUCCUCCUUCUAACUUCAAUAUUUUCCCCUCCGAACUUCACUUUUUUACCUAUUUGUGAUCCUAUCUCGCCGCCUUUCAUUUCUUCCGUCUCUUGGGGACCUUCUCUGUCAGCAGCAUCAGAUGAAUUCCCUGCACCAAUUAUGUUUUCUGGGGCUGCAGCUGCAACUACAUCUUCUGUGUCCCAAAAUAGACCCUCUAAUUCAUUAUACAUUGCUUUGUACAGAUGGCUCAUCAGAAAUUCAGGAGCAUCGGGUCCCCAACCUAACUCUUCCGAAACUACCACAUGCACCCGAUCCUCACCCGCCUUCCCUAAAGCCCACUGCACAUUGCUCUCAUACCCAACCUCCACUCCUUCCCUGGUGCCAUCGUCUGCAGGUGGAAGUUCUUUCUUACCUCCUCCACUAAUGAAGUUCAUUACAGGCACCACCGAGAAGUUCCGAUACAAUGCCUUGCGCAUUCCCGAAAUGCCCUUCUUCUUCUUCUUCCUCUUCUUCACUGGCGCUGAGAAGGGCACAUCACCACUGUUUUCGCCGGAGGCAGCUCCGUCUAGCGGGCCGGAAAUGGCCCCACGCUCAAUCGGGCCCGACAUAAAGAAAGCCCUCUCCAGAGGGGCAGAGGAGGGCUCGCAUCCACGCGGGGCCCGCUGUAGGGGCAAGGCACUGAACGAGGACGUGCUCUCGAACCCAUCCAGUGAAACAUUGUUACAGCCGGCCCUGGAGGCUCCGGCCACGAAACCCUUGUUGUUGCCGGUCUUUGAAUUG